AUGGCGGACAAGGCAGUGACAAUCAGGACGAGGAAGUUCAUGACAAAUCGUCUCCUCUCCAGAAAGCAAUUUAUUAUUGAUGUUUUGCAUCCAGGAAGAGCCAAUGUUUCUAAGGCUGAGCUGAAGGAGAAAUUGGCCAGGAUGUAUGAGGUUAAGGACCCGAAUGGCAUAUUUGUGUUCAAGUUCAGGACUCACUUUGGUGGUGGCAAAUCCACCGGGUUUGGCCUGAUCUACGACUCUGUGGAGAGUGCUAAGAAAUUCGAGCCUAAAUACAGGCUAAUCAGGAACUCACGGCUGAGUCUUCUUUCUCAUAAGCUAGUAAUCUUGAUGUGCAAUAACGGUCUCGAUACCAAGGUAGAGAAGUCCAGAAAACAAAUGAAGGAAAGGAAGAACAGGGCCAGAAAACAAAUGAAGGAAAGGAAGAACAGGGCCAAGAAAAUUCGUGGUGUUAAGAAGCUUCAAGUGUUUGGGCUUGGAUUAGAGGCACAAUGGCUUGGACUACUCGGUUAG